AUGGCUAUUGACACUACGCCUGCGAGUUUGCUCUCGAACCUCACUUCUGCGCUGACCUCUGUAAGAUUGGCAAUUCCCACCGAGACAUCAGCGAAUGCUGAGGGGAUUUCUUUGCUGGAUGUGAAAAAUGAUCUUCUCCUCUCAUACCUGCAAAAUCUUGCCUUCCUCGUUAUCAUACGACUCCGCCAUGACUCCAGCGAUGAUAUCAUCCGAAGCGAGGUAAUCAAGAAGUUAGGCGAAGUACGAGUCUACCUGGAAAGAGGCGUGCGCCCAUUGGAAGGAAAACUCAAAUAUCAAAUCGAUAAAGUUGUUCGAGCCGCAAACGAAGCAGUACGGAGGGGGGCCACUGAGCGGGCUUCGGCCUCGUCCGAAAAGCCCUCCACGGGCCCAGCAGCUCACGAGUCUCAUUCCCAGGGAUCGGAGGAUGAACGAUCUGAAGUUGAUGAAGACUACCUAAACCAGGCGGUCCAUGAGCCGUCUGUCGGGCCCAGGGCGGCAGCUCUCCUUCGGAAUGCAUCUGUUCCCUUGAAGAAGGACUAUCACUCCAAUAAAUCUCGGAGUAGCGACCACUCAAGACCCGGCGCAUACAAACCCCCGCGCAUAAAUCCUACCGCCAUGCCGGAGCCUUCAUCUCACCGAGAUCGGGAUGAAAAACCUGCUCGUAAACGCAGGUCACAAUUAUUGGAUGAGUACAUUGACGAAGAAAUCUCAUAUGCACCACAAUCUCAGCCAUCGAUUGGGUCUGGCGGCACUAUCCUCCAGCAAGGACGAGGGGCCAUGUCUAGCCGCGACAGAGAAAAAGAGCGCGAAAGGACAGCUUAUGAAGAGCGCAACUUCACACGCCUACCAGCUCUGAGCAAAGCUGAGCGGAAGAAAGAGAAAGCCAAGUCGCAGAGAGACACGAGAGAAGUAUUUGGUGGUGAGGAUUGGACGGGGCUUGGUGGGCUGGGUGAUCGAAUCAACAGGACUGUCGCUUCUGGGAAAGGCAGGAGCGAGGGCGUGUUUGAACGGAGGGACAAGAGGAAGAGAGACACAGUAGAUGGACCACGUGGGGAUGGUACAGUGGGCGGCGUUGGUAUUGGUGAUACCUUCGAGAAGCGAAGGAAGAUUCUACAGCAAAGGGCGGAGAAGAAAGUCAGACGGAAGGGGUGA